CUAAGACUUUUAACUUUCUGCUUCUGGUUGGGCAAGUACAAGGAGGCCCAUCUGAUGCUUCCAAGAAAACAGAAGUUCUUUCUCCCUCCAGAGAUUUCUGCUCUGAGCUAUCGAGCCUUGCCAACGGGGUACAAAAGGCUUAUCAGUUGCUCCUCUGCAUGACAUGGUUGCAGGGAUUCACUGUUUCAUUCUCUUCUUGCUUCUAAGGCAGACUUUCUGAUGCUGGAGUUGUUGCUGGAUGAUGUCUGGUCUGUCCCUCGGUCUCCUCUUCUCUGCAACAUGUAUCAUGUCCCAGAUGGUACUGUGCUUUGUGACUUCUGUUUCUUCAUGGUGCCCCACCCCCCCCAGCAGACAAUCAGAAACAAAGUUCACGCAGAAAACCAAUAAAUUUUGGGAGUUUGAGGAGCAAAGCAACACCUGGGUGGAAAUCAAUCUGCCAUUUGAUCUGAUGUCCUGCAUCAAUGAUAGCUGCAGCAAAGUGGGAUCUAUAGAGAACAUGGAUCAGAAAGAUGAUGAAACUCCGGCUUUAAAACACCAACAGAAUAUAACCGAUGGGGAUGAAACUAAAGAGGAUUAUGGUCCUGUUCUGCCCCUAAGGUGGAGGAUUUCUCUCACUAGAAUGUCAGAGGCAUCUGUUUGGGUGACAGGGCAAAGUGGAUCGAUAUAUGAGAGGUUCUGGAAUGGGGUGAAGUGGGUAAUUGCUCCUCAUGAAUUACCAAAUCCAACUGGACAAGCUGUUUCAGUUCUUAUCAUCAAUCAGACUAUUCUCGCUCUAUCGGAAGGAGGACUGCUCUAUCAGCUGCAACUGAAUGAGGAUUCUCAGCCCAUUUGGACAGAAUUUAUGCUUACAACUGAACAGAGUACAAGAAUUGAAGAAGCAGAACCAGGCAUGGUUAUACAGAUCAAAUCUGGUGUUGUAUCUUAUGAUGGAGAGAGGCUGUAUUUAACCACAGUUACUGGGGAAUUGAUAGAGAUCAGUGAGUUUCAGCCUUUGAGGUGGGAAAAUCAUGGUCGACCACCAGGAGGAGACAAUUCUGCCAUAGCCGACACAGGUGCUAUUAGACCAGGCAUUGUUUUCACAAUAAGCUCUAGUGGAGAUCUGUAUGAGUUUGACAAGAAAUCAAAGCCAUCGUGGAAGAAACAUAUUUGGAGUGAUCCAUCCAUCAAACAAUCUUCAUUGAGACCAUCAAGAGGAUGCACUUUACAUGGCUUGGCAGGAGCUCACUCAUCAUCUCUAUUCCUCUUAACUAAGGAUGGCUUUUUGGUAGAGCGGCGCUUGCACAAAAGAAAGUGGAAGUGGGCAGUCCAUGGAGCUCCCAAAGGACACCAAUUGAGUGCCACUACAGCUGUUCAACAAAGUGAACUAAAUGAAAAGAUAUUUUCAUUGUUCUUUGCCACAACAAAAGGAUAUGUUUUUGAGUAUCAGCUUCCCAAGAAUCCAGGUGGCACUGAUUGGGAUAAAGUUCAAGGAAUGUGGAUAAAUCAUCUGCAGCCACAAAAUGCAAAGGUUGCACGAGGAAUACAAGGGAUAGAAAUUCAAAGUGGGAGACUAAUUUUCCCAUUAGAUGAUGGCAGACUAGGGGAGUUGCAUUUGCCUGGAUUUGGAGGUGAAGGAUCUGGUCCAACUCAGCUGAGUAAUUUAAGAAGGAAAACUUCAAAUAGGUAUGAAUGGUCAGUCUUAGAUGCCCCAGAAACUGAAGGAUGGAAUGCAGAAUACUGCACUGAGGAACGUGGACCAUCAAAUUGCAUGACAGGAACAAAGGAUGUAAUAUCAUACUAUGAACCAAAUGACUUGAGCACAACUGCACCUGCUAGAAGGCGAAAGGCUGAAGAACACCAACAUUAUAUACCUAUGAGUAAUCAUGAAACUGGCACAUCAGAGUCCUACAAUUUUCUAACAAGCAGCAUUAGCAACAACUUCCGGAUACGAGUGAUGCAUGCAGAUAGAUCAUUUUUCCUCAUAACAGACAAUGGCUUGACUUAUGAAUAUCUAUACACUGAUAAUGUCUGGGUAUGGCUAAGGCAUGAGCAUUCAACAGCCAUAAGAGGUGCACUAGGAAGCUACAAUGGAAGUUUGUUUCUGGUUGAUGUAAAUGGGAAUUUACUAAUCAGGGAAAGGAUUGGUAAUGAACUAUUGUGGAUCAACUGUACUGCCAUGAAAAAGGGAAGACAGGUAGUGACAGGACCCCCGUGGGACGGAGUAAUGGGUAAAGCUCGCAGAGUUACAACAGAAGAUGCUCUCUUCUUUGUUAACAAGAAAGGAAGGCUGCUACAGUUUACGGUAGCACUACGAAAAUUUCAGUGGAAAGACUGCCGCAGUCCUCCAGAUACAAAAAUUGCAUUUAUCGUGGAUCAGGAAGUCCACAGAAAGAACAUCAUCUUCGUUGUUGGGCAAAAUGGCCGUUUGUAUCAGUAUAACAGAAUCACUGAAUUGUGGCACAAACACUACCAAUCCCCUCAUUUGGUCCUCUCGAGGUCCCCUGGAACUGCAAUUAGACCCUCUGUACUCUCAUUAGCUGGCUCAAUAUUCAUGAUCUCAGAUAAUGGAGGCUUGGUGGAGUACCACUGGGACUCACUAGAUGGAUGGGAAUGGGUGGAGCAUGGAACACCAUACCGAGACGUGUUGCUUGUUGGUGCACCAGGUCCAUGCUUCGACGACACUCAAUUAUUUGUGAUCGGAUCGGAUGGCCAGGUUUACAGAAGGCAUUGGGAUCAAAGGACUUGGAAAUGGACAUGCCAUGGGUUCCCACAUUCUGAGCCUUCAUCAAUAGAAGAUCAAAGGAUAAAAGGGAACAAGAAGUGUGCCACCGACGACAAUGUGGCCAGCUACAAGAAUGAGGCCCGUUACCCGGAUGGUUACAGCAGAAACUGCAACGAAAAGGUGGCAGCAGUAAGACCUACGCCGUUUUCAGAAGAUUCGGUCAUUUUCGAGUUGCAGGAUGGGAGGCUAGCAGAACUGCGGAGGUCGGAAGGGGGAGCGGGAUGGGAGUGGGCGCGGAUCAUCGGCACGCCCACCAGCCUUUGCUUCACGAGUUACUGGACUGCGGUGGCCACAUGACAGCAUCGAAUAGGCAGGUAACAGUUUAUCACAACUACCAAUGUAAAUUAAAGGUAGAAUGGGCAUACGAUACGAGACAGGCAGAAAGAAAGAGAGAGAGAGAGAGAGUAAUGAACAGACCAUAAAGUAUAAUAAUAAUAAUUUGUUCUGUA